AAAUCUUCAGAGAUAAUUUCAUUUCCUAUUAAAUUAAAAAAAUGUUUCCUAAAAGUAAAAUCAACGCUGUAAAAUAUUUUAUUUACAAACAAAUAUAUAAUUACUAUUUUAUAAGCAAUUUUGAUUAAACAUUAUUAUCGAUCGAGUUUAUAAUAAAGUAUAGUUGGCUUGACUUAGAACUGACAUUUAAUUAUACAGUCGCUGGUCAUUUUCUUUAUGUUGCACAACCGGGCACAUUAGCCACGAAAAAUAAACAUUUUGAAUUUUUACUUCUUUUUCAUUCUCAAUGUAGCAACAAAUAUUCAGUUCAGUAUUACAAUUUUAUUUACUCUAUUCGUUAAUAAAAUUAUUUGUAAUGGCUAAGGAAGUAUCAAUGUGUACGCAACUCCAACAAUGGAGUCCCGUGAAAGAAACUGCGGGUACUCCGAGCGUGCCACCGCAGGUUGGGUACUGUUUUCAUUCGCCCAAGAAGCAUCCGUGGAGACCUAUCAUGGGAUAUGAGGAGAUUGAAGUUACACCCAUGCCAUCCCAACCAAUAACAAACACCAUGGUAGACCCGUGCUACACGCCGGCCGGGAUGGCGGCCGAGCCGCUGCGGUUCCCGAACCUGGUGACCGGGUUCGACCGCAGCCCAGAGCACGCAGCGCGCGCCGCCCUCUAUACCCGCUACACGCAACACGAGUGGAAUCAGAACAGCAUCAACAACUAUAACGAAUCGGACGCCAAGAGGAACUAUUCCGAGCGCGUCCGAAACGAUAUUAUGAGGAUGCUCAGGGAAACAGAUGAAAUAGGCACACAAGGCCAGCGCGACUCGGGCAGGCGAAUUGGUGAACGCAUCACUGACACCACGUUCUGGAGAAAUGAGGUGUCGAUCGAGAUGGAGCGGCUAGUGGCGACGUGCGAGAAGCUGAACGAGACACGGCGGCAGCUCGAACGCGCCAUCGCCGGCAUCGAGGGCCCGCUGCAUAUCGUGCAGGAGUGCCUCUACCACCGCGAGAAGAGGCAGGGUGUGGAGCAAGUGCACGAUGCGGUGGAGCAAUCUCUUCUGAAGGAGGUCGCCGUUCUACGCGAGUGUCAAGAUAAAUUCAGAAAUAUGCUGGAAAAGGUGCGGCAGCAGGCGAAGAACUGUCGCGCGACGCAGCACGAGCUCGAGACGGACAUGCGCAACAAGGAGUACGCGCUCGGCAUCGACUCCAUGUGCCACCAGCUCAACAACUUCUCCAAGGGCCUGCAGUUGUACGCGGGCAUCGAGCGCUACGACCCCACGGUGUGCGACACGGCGCGCUGGGCAGCCGCCAGCGCUGCCACGCUGCAGCGCUCGCAGUCUGAACGUGCCAAAGCCGUGCAGAUGCUGUCCGACUCAGAGAACUUGAUCAACGUGUCAGCGACGCAGAUAUGGGACCAGUGGAGCAACACGAACAGUGCGUUCACGCGCCGCAUCGCCGAGACCAUCGAGAUCAAGAACAAGCUGCAGCUGCAUCUGCACAAGAUCCAGCAGGAGAUCUUCGAGGUGGAGAAGACGCUGGAGCUGCUGAACAAGGCGAUCGAGGACAAGCUGCAGCCGAUGAAGGUGGCGCACACGCGGCUGCAGGCGCGCACCAACCGUCCGCACCUGGAGAAGUGCCGCGACGACGCCCAGAACAGGCUGGUGAGGGAGGUGUGCGAGCUGCAGGACACGAUGGAGAGGCUGCGGACGCGGCUGGCGGCGGCCGAGGGCGCGCACCAGUCGCUGCUGGCCACCAGAGCUGGGCUCGAGGCCGCGCUGCGCGGCAAGGCAAACGCGCUCUUCAUCGACCGCGACCAGUGCAUGGCGCUGCGCCGCGGCUACCCCGUCACCGCCGCCAUCAAAUCCUAGCCGCACACCGGCGCACCACA